AAAGGGAUCAGAACACAUAAACUAAAAGUGAGGCUCCAGCAACAUACGUUACAUUGAAGAGAUUUAGAAAGUAGAUUUAGUUCAUUCUUCCAUCUGCCGCAGUAGUGUCCAAAGUUUGGUUUGAGCUCAGUCCAUCUCUUCUCAUGAAUGUGGAAAUUUCCCUUUAUAAUAUCUGUUGUACAUAACAUAAUUUGAAGGUUGGGGAAGUAAAAAGUUUGACUUAGUAUUUCACAGUUUUGACUUAUCAAGAAUAUUUUUAUUUAUUUCAUGCAACUUUUUCAUUUUUUCCCCAUAAUCUUCACAGCUGCAAAGUCUUCAGAACUUGGAGUGGAAACUUCCAAAGGUUCAUGAAGGCAGCGCUGUAGUCCGGACUCGGGCGGUUCGCUUCGCUUCGCUUCGGUUCGUUUCGAUUCGUUUCGUUUAACUCGUUCACAAACAACACGCAUAUUAAAGAACUAAUUCGGAACUGUGCGUGUUUGUAAUGAAUAAACAUACCAAUGAUAAUCAUAUUUACAGUAAACAUGACGAGCAGAGACUAAAUAUCGCGAUACUUCAUUGCUCCCCUUUCAUGUGCGCUAUUGGGUUCAGCUAGUUGUCAGCUACGCACCGAGGAAAACUAAGCAGAAAUAAGACAUUCUCCAGAGGAAGAGGAGUUCCCCUCCACUUUGACCAAGUUUACUCUUUGCACAAGAAAUUAAGUGACGUUAACUUCCCCCAGUCCUUAAAAAAUAGACACUUUUUUAGUGGCCUGCUUCAUUCUUUAUCUUGACUCAUCUGUACUGAGGCGUUUUGAAGCCGGAGAGCAGCUCCACUUUGUGACGUCAUGUCUCAGAAGUCGCAGUCAGAUGGUGGUCAGAAACACUUCGCUGUGGGUCGGGGGCUCCUGGCCGCUGCAGAGACCUUGAACUUCAGCAUGAACGAACAGCGAUCCAGCCGGCAGAUGGGGGGCAUGUCCGCAGGUGUUGGGGUGGGCGGUGGUGGCGUGGAGGGCCAGGAUGGCGGCGCUCAGAUGUCCCGGCGUGGUGGCGGCAGCAAUCUUGGCAGCACCAUGAAGCUGUUUGCCAGUUUGGGGCUGUCGCCCUCUGACCUGGAUGCUCUGGCUGAAAUCCCCGAGGAGGACAUCAGCGUGGAGACGCUGCCGCACAUCCUCAUGCAGCUCAAGAGCCGCAAGGGGGACACAGGAGAGCGGCGGGGGGCAUCCUCCAUGUCCUCUGACGCUGCUUAUGGAGGAGGCAGGGACAGCUGGGACGACGUACACAUAGGGAGGAUCGAUGGUCCUUCUCUGGGUCAGGGUUCAGCUAGGGCCCAGCCCUCUACAGACUUUGGGUACAGUUCCCUGCAGGACGUCUCCUCCAGCCGGGGCUACAGCUUAAAUUACAACAGCAGUGGUGGGGGUGGGAGCAGGGAGAGGCCUUUUUCUGAGCUUUCCCACCACGAUUCCUACGGUGGGCUCGGCAUGGGGCCGCCAUCGUCUGACCCCGUCUUUAUGCAGAGGAGGAUGGGCUCCCCGUCAAAUGGAAAAGUCCAAGACUUCUUGGGAGUCAUGCCCCCCAUGUUCCCCCAUGUGUGCUCUCUUUGUGACUUUGACGUUCAUUCCACCAUGGAGUGGAACCAACACACUAACGGACUUCGACAUGCUGAAAACAGACGACUGCUCCUCGACAUGUAUCCGGAGUGGGACCCUGGUAUGUCCUCUGGCAGAGGUGGGGGUGUACUGGAGACCUCCAACCUGUCUGCAGGACUGUUGGGACCUGCCCCCUUGUCUUCACCUCAGACAGCAGGAGGGAUGCCCUCCAGCUGGGGAGGAGGUGGAGGACCUGGUAUGUCGGGAAAGAACCAGCCAGGACAGAAUAAGUUGAGAAGCAGAGUGGUGGUGGUGAAGUACGACAGGAAGCCUCUCAGCAACAAGACUCUGUUCGCCUUCACCGAGCCGUUCGGCUGCCUGAGGGAGCACCUGGUCCUCAAAAACAAGGCCUUCUUAGAGAUGAACAGUCAUGAGGAGGCUCAGGACAUGGUGAACUACUACGAGCAGCAUCCAGCAGCUCUGUAUGGCAAACCCAUCACCUUCUACCUGUCCAAGAGGCUGAUGGUCAUCGAGAAGGACGAGCGGUCGUCGGACAGGUUGAGAGAAAGACCUGUCAGGGAUGUCAAAGGUCACGGCAGCCAGGUGGUUUUCUUCUCCAACCUGCCCAGAGAGGAAGAGAAGAAGAAGGAGCUGCUGACCAUCGCUGGACGCUUUGGCAUCGUGGAGAAACACCUUUUUUUAACGGAUCAGGCAUUUGUCCAGCUGGGAACCCCGGAGGACGCAGAGAUGCUGGUGAAGUAUUACAGCGUGAACCCCCUCACCAUUAAGGGAAGACCUAUACGCCUCAACAUCUGCACAAAGUACAAAACGCUCAAUGUGAACCGGAGACAGGGUGGAUCCGCUGGAGACGGUCGAGGCCAGAGGAGCGGCGGAACAAACGCCGCCUCCUCCACUUCUGGAACCAGGACCUCCUCCAACUCCAGAGCCUCCUCGUUUAAAUCCUCGUCCAGCUCCAAGCCCAAAGAGGAGGAGAAGAAGGAGGAGGAGAACAAAGCAAAGGCUGAAGAGAAACCUGCCACAGAUGAGGAGGAGGUUUCUGGAGUAAUGGAGGGGGAGGACGGAGGGGAGGAGGGGGAGGAGGGAGGGGAGAAGGACGGCGCCCAGCAGGUAACCGAUGGAGAUGCAAAGGGGGAGGAGCCAGAGAGAGCAGAGUCCGUGAAGGACGCAGUGGAGGAGUCUUCAGGAGAUGUUCAUGGGCGGCAGGGUCCUGAUGGUGGUGAUGUCACUGACACACCUGGACGUGUGGGCGGGGCUGAAGGUGAGGCCAAGCAGUGGGCGGAUUCAGAGGGACAAACGGAACCAACAGAGACUGAGGCCUCGACUGAAGAACACGAGAACAAAGAUGAACCGACCACAGAACUAGGAGAGAGUUCAGAGACUGCGGAGGGAGACCUGCCUGCAGACAUGUUUCAGCAGGACUUCCUGGAGAACAUGGAGGACUUUGUUACAUUGGAUGAACUGGCAGAGGAGGAGGACGAAGAACUCGGAGACUCUGACACCAUCGACAAUACAAGGAGAGGGGGUAUGAGGGUGGUGAACAUCGUGGGUUUCAGACGAGGUUACAACUUCCUCAACGAGCUGCUGGGACUUGCCAAACCUUUUGGGAAAGUGGUGAAACACCUGGUGCUGGACUUGAGACCCGAGGCGUACCUUCAGUUUGCCACAGAAGAAGAAGCUCGAGCGAUGGCCAAGUUUUACAACAGUAACGUCACGGCGUCGGUGUGCGGUCGGCCGGUCAGGGUCAGUCACUCCAUGACCUACCCCACCAUCCAGUGCGGCUCCAGCAGGGUGGUGUACGUCGGUCAGAUCCCCAGCAGUAAAUACUCGGACGACGCCGUCCUGAAACUCGCCGAGCCAUUCGGGAAAGUCAGGAAGUAUUUCCUCAACAGGAUCAAGAGAGAGUGUUUCAUUGAGAUGGACAAAGCCGAAGAUGCAGAGAAAAUGGCUGAAGAGUGCAAAGCCAAUCCACCGAAGUUCAAUGGGAAACGUCUGACUGUCUACGUCAGCAGGAAGUACAGACAGCUCAAACACGGACAUCGGUGUCCGACAGUUAAGAGAGAAAACAGCGGCACUGCGACAAAAUCCUCCAAACACCCUGAAGAACCUCCAGCCAAGAAAUCCAAGGAGGAGAAGGAGGGAGAGGAGGAGAAAGUGAAAGAGGAGGAGGAGAAAAGGGAGGAGGAGAAGGACAACAAGGAGGAGGAAGAGAUGCAGAGCUCUGAUGCGAGCAGUGGUGAAGAGAAGAAAGAAGAAAACUCAGAGAGGAAUCCCGAAGUUUCUGAUCCGAAGCUGAAGAGCUGUGAGGAUCUGCAGGAGGUGAAACAGGAGGAGCAGGUGGAGGAGAUGGAGACUUCGACCAAUCAGAACGGGCAGACUGAGGCUCCCCCGCCUGCUGAAAACAAACCCGGCGUGGCGUCUCUGCCGCUGCCCCCCUACGACCCCGACGCCCCCCUCGGUGUUGAACACGUGAAGAUGGGUUAUUACUGCCGCGUCUGUUUCCUGUUUUACUCCAACGAGGACACAGCCAAGAAAACCCACUGCAGCAGCCAGAUGCACUACGACAAGCUGCAGGGAAAAUCAAAACAAAAAGAGAUCCACACCACUGUUAAAGAAAGAUCCAGUGAAAUAAAAGAGAGUAAACAUCCUCAGGCUGGAAGAUCAGAAAUAUCUGGAGAAGGAACAGAGCAAAGCAGAGAAGAAGAAAGGGAAGAAGACGUCGUCGUGAAAACACCGUGGGAGGUUUCGCUCUUUAUUUUUCUUUUAGUUUAGUGUUCGGACUCGGAGCCCAGUGCAGACUUAACACGUUGGGAAACAGCUCGAGGGAUCUGGGACGUUUGUCUGGCAGGUAAACUGUGGAUGAAAUCGUGUAGUCUGCAUUAGGCUUUAUUUGACCCCCCCCCCUGCUUCAAUGUCACAUGUUGGAAAACCCCAGACCUGAAGACUACAAAGACUUUCAGUGUCCCGGAAAGCGUCCACGGAAUGUGAUGAGGUGUGAGCUGCAGCGGCCGAUGCAGACGCACAGCGAGAAGAGAAUCAACAGGAAAGUUCAAGAUUUUUCUUCAAGUCUGUCUCAUUCCGCCUCUCGCACGUUCUGUCCGUCCAUGUACAGAGUUGUCGGUGUGCUCAGACUUCACCUCGGUCACGUUAAUUUGACCGCCGGACAGUUUGCGUUGCUUCUCCCGGAACAGCUCAUUAACGUACACGUCGCCAUUCAUCUGUCGGUCGAUCUUUAGUUUAUAAAACCUCAGAAUAUAGUGAAAAAUGCGAAUCACAAUUUUCCCAAACUGGAUUUCAGAUGUCUUGUUUUAUCCGGCCGACUGUCCAAAACGCAAAGAUACUCACUUUGGAACUGAACCCACUGGUCAAUCGAGAAUAUUAAUCGGCUCGGUCUUUUCGGCCGGACCGGCCUUAGAAACGCGAAUGUCGUCGGCCGGCUGAGUUGAAUUGCUCGAUUAAUCAACCGGUGGAUUCAGUUCUGUACUGAACUGUUUGGGUUUCGGAUGAAACGAGACACCUGCGCCUUUUUUUGUUUUUGUUUUUUGUCUAGUGAGAUCAAAAAACGGAUGGAUGAGUAAAACAAAACAUCAGACUGGAUCUAGUCCAGCUUUUACAGUGUCGGGAAGGGACGGACAGGAGUCGCCAUCACACGCCAACAGCUCUUCACAUGGACAUAUGAACACGUUAGCGCUGGAUUAAAGGGAUAGUUCAACAUUUUGGGAAAUAAUCUUUGACCACUCUGGUUAGCUUAGCUUAGCAUAAAGACUUGAAACGAGGGGGCGCACAGCUAGCCUGGCUCUGUCUGUGUUUAAGAUAAGUUAAGCACUGAAACUAUUUCUUGUCAAACAGUUUAUCCUUCCGCCAAGCGCCACACAGUCAAUCCACAGAAUCCCUGGGCGGAUGGAUACACACAUGUGCCGCUGUUUGUCAAGAAAUAGUUCCAGCAGGUGACACCAGCCUGAAGCUGAGCUGUAGAGGAACGAUUCCUUUAAGUCUGGUUUCAUCCUCAUAGAGAACAAACUUUGAAUUUGCUGAACUGUGAUGUUUUAUGGCUCAGUUUUUACGUUGUUGAUUAUUUGGAUGUUUUAUAAAAUAAACCAGUUUCCUCCAA